AUGACUUCAUCACCUUCACCAUCAACAGAGAAUCGGUGCUCUGAUGUUGUCACAGAUGCUGCAAAUUUAUCCAAAAACAAAGAUCUUUCUUCCGAACACAUGGAAGAUGAUGAAGAAGAGGACGAAGAAGGAGACAUCGAUUUCAACCCUUUUUUAAAAGAAGCGCCUUCUGUAGAAGCUUCUUCAAGCCUCAGCUCUGACAUUGAAGAAUUCAAUGCUGAUGUGGACAGUGGACAGAAUCAUUCACCUGUUAAAAAUAUCGAACACACUCAGAAGACAGUAACAAAAGCUGCUGAAUCUUUAUGUAACAAAGAUAACGAACCAAACAUUGCCACAUCAGACUCCCAAAAACCAAUUCUUGACAGUGAUGACGAGGAUGCCAUCUGGAGGCGGACAAGAGCCCGUUACUCUCUCGUGGGGUCCACUCUUGAUGAACUGGAAACUUUCCUUCAAGAAACAGACGAUGAAGACGACCUUUAUAACAUCGAUGAUGAACAAGAAUACAGAAAGUUUCUUGCAGCUGUUUUGCAAGAUGGAGAUGCAAACUCAGGGGCAUUACAGGAAACCGAAAAUGUUGAUGAAGAUGAAGAUGAAGACAACGAUGCUGACUUUGAAUUAGAACUCGAAGAGGCACUUGGGAGUGAUCUUGAUGAAAAUUUACAAAGUGUGUCAAAAGAACACGAAAGAAGACCUGAAACAAGACAAAAAAAACGUCAGAAAACAGAUGUUCAUAAGAAAAAGUUUUCAGGAGAAAUGAAUAAUAGACCAUUACGCCCCAUUUUACCAUAUGCACCAAUUUCUCCCUAUAUGUUUCAAAAUAUGACUUCAACUUCAAAUGAGUACACUCACAUGAGUGCAUUCACGCCACAUCAGAUAGGCCAGUUGCAUUGCUUAAUAUAUGAACAUGUCCAGCUACUUGUUCAAGUGUUUUCUCUUUCGGUUCUAGAACCUUCCAGACAACAUAUUGCUUCCCAAGUUCAGAGAUUACUUUUGGAAAUGGUUCAUAAGCGUGAUCAAGUAGUGGCCUCUCAAAAAGCACCCUAUCCAGGUUGUUGUUUUAGCUCGCCAUACAUUCAUUCCACUGUAAAUUUCAGCUUUCCAUCCAACAGCUCUGAAUCUGAGGAGGGUUCCUUCUUUUGGGUGCCUUUUGUUCAUGAGAAUUUGUUAUCUGUCAUAGAUGUGGCCCCACUUAGCUUAGUUGGAAGCUAUAUAGAUGAUUCUUCAAUUGCUAUUCAAGAGUAUCAAAGAAGACAGAUAGAAGUUACAUAUGAUGCUACUACUGAUAAGGAAUGUUUGUUUCCUUUCAGUAAUUUUCCCUCUUCAGCUGACUCAGAUCCUAAUACAGUGUCUCCUAGAGCUAAUGACAGGAAAUCAAAGAAGACAAUUGCUGCUACAGCUGUUGAAAGGUCUAAGAAGCAGUCGAUUGCUUUAGUUCCAAAAGAAAUUGCAAGAUUAGCCCUUAGAUUCUUUCCAUUUUUCAAUCCAGCCCUUUUUCCACAUAAGCCACCCCCUGCAUCUGUUGCAAAUCGAUUUCUUUUCACUGAUGCUGAGGAUGGGUUAUUAGCUCGGGGGUUAAUGGAGUAUAAUACAAACUGGGAGGAGAUUCAGAAACACUUUCUACCCUGCAAAACUCCACAUCAGAUCUUUGUGAGGCAAAAAAACCGUGCAUGUUCUAGAGCACCAGAGAAUCCAAUAAAGGCAGUUCGGCGUUGGAAAACUUCUCCUUUGACUCCUCAAGAGAAAGCUCGAAUAGAGGAGGGAUUAAAGGUUUAUAAACUUGAUUGGAUGGCUGUAUGGAAAUACAUGGUCCCAUACAGAGACCCCACAUUGCUUGCUCGCCAAUAUCGGACAGCUGUCGGAAACCAGAAGUCAUAUAAAGGAGAUGAACUUUCAAAGCUAAAAAGGCGAUCAUAUGAAUCAAACAGAAGAAGGUCUAAACUUCAAGGGUCAACAUUCCAGUCAACUGGUCAAAAUAGAGAAGGAUGGUCAACCGAAGACGAUGCUACUCCUGGAUUUUGUAGUACCGAUAAUGCCCCUGGAGAAAUCAACAGCGGGGACGAUGCUGGAAAUAAUGAAGAAGAAGAAGAAGAAGAAGCUUAUGUCCACGAAGCAUUUUUAUCUGAUUGGAGGCCAGAAAACCAACCUGCCACAUCAUUUACACAGGAUAGAUUAUUACCAAACUACCCCCCAAGGGUAGUAAAUCUUCAUCCCCAAAACCCAAUCCCUGCUAAUAAAUUUUCAAGGCCUGAAGUUCAUUUACAAUCUUAUCAACCCCGUAGAUCUCGUUGUUCUCGUGUAGUCAAACUCGCUCCCGAUUUGCCACCUGUCAAUCUUCCGCCUACUGUUCGUAUAAUGUCACAAUCAGCUUUCACAAAAUACAAUGAAGCAUCUUCUAAAUCUGUAACAAUGUCUGUAACCCCGUUGACUCGUCCAAGACCAGGUCAACCGGACGAGGAAAGCACCGGAAAGGGCGAUUCCGAUCUCCAAAUGCAUCCGUUAUUGUUCCAGGAUAACGAAGACGGGAGUUUACCGUAUUACCCUUUGAAUCCCAGUGUUGGCUCUUCUAGCUCAUUCGAUUUCUUCCCGAAUAACCUUAACCUCUUUCGUUAUUCCCAUCAAGAAAAACAUACGUUGAAUUUCUUCAACAACUCUUUGAAAUCCAAGGAGAUAAGUUCAUCCAGUGUCGAGUUCCAUCCGCUUCUACAAAGAACAGACGAUGGAAACCGUGAUUCCGGCGUUACGGUUGUGAAUCCGCCUGCAGAAUCAUCAGCACCGCAUCGGAAAGUACCUCGGAGUCCAAACGAACUGGAUUUGGAUAUUCGGUUGAGUUCUAGCGCCCGGAUUCGUGAUUCCGGAACCACCGAAACGCAGGAUACGGGUUUACCGGAGGAGAACGGAAAUGAUCGUGAUUCCGGAGUUGGAAAUGAUGAGAUUGUGAUGGAGCAGGAGGAGUUGAGUGAUUCCGAGGAGGAGGAAACGGCGGAAAGUGUGGAGUUUGAGUGUGAGGAAAUGACAGAUAGUGAAGGUGAAGGUGAAGGUGGAUCUGAUUCCGAUCAUGCUGAAAACCUUCAAAAUGAGGAGUUGCAAGAUGAUGUUUUGAUGAAGGCUAUAGAUGAAGUAGAAAGGUGUAAAUCUGAUGUGGCAGUGGGGUUGAGUUUAAACCCUAGACUUCCGUUGACCAGAAAGUCAAGAAAUUCAAAGAACACAACACUGCCAGUGCCAACGCCACCUAAGAAACCAAGAAAACGGGCACAAAAAAUGGACCCCAGGUGACUUAAGGUAUAAAAUACACAUUUUUAUAAGCACAAAUGUAAAAAUUUAUGAUUGUAAAUAUGGAUGGAUUUAAAUGUCGAAAUUAAAAGGGUAGUAGUAUUUCAUAGUUGUAACUUUUUGAUUUGAAAAUUGAGCUCUGUUUUUUAAAAGUUGUAAGGGCUUUUUUAGUUGGAUCAUAAGGUUUGAAAAGUAGAUAGUUCUAUCUAUAAGGCUUCACUCAUGAAGCUUCAACAUAUACCUUUUUGUUAACCAUAAAAGGGUUACUUCUAAGCACUACAAACUUCUAAUGCUUUGCACUUGAACUUGAAAUACA